UCUGAAUGCACACGUUUUGAUGCAGUAUUAUGACCUGAAGGCCUCAACAUUUAUCUGGACUGGAAAUGAUUCGAGAUUUGUGUGAUGGGCAACUGGAGGGGGCAGCAAUUGGUUCAACUGAAGUAACCUUCACACCAGAGAAGAUCAAAGGUGGAAUCCACACAGCAGAUACCAAGACAGCAGGGAGUGUGUGCCUCUUGAUGCAGGUUUCAAUGCCAUGUGUUCUGUUUGCUGCUUCUCCAUCAGAACUUCAUUUGAAAGGUGGAACUAAUGCUGAAAUGGCACCACAGAUUGACUACACAGUGAUGGUCUUCAAGCCAAUUGUUGAAAAAUUUGGUUUUAAUUUUAAUUGUGACAUCAAAAUGAGGGGCUAUUAUCCAAAAGGUGGUGGUGAAGUGAUUGUUCGGAUGUCACCAGUAACACAGUUGAACCCAAUAAAUUUGACUGAUCGUGGCUCUGUGACUAAAAUAUAUGGAAGAGCUUUUGUUGCUGGCGUUCUGCCAUUUAAAGUAGCAAAAGAUAUGGCAGCAGCGGCAGUGAGAUGCAUCAGAAAGGAGAUCAGAGAUCUAUAUGUUAACAUCCAGCCUGUUCAGGAACCCAAAGACCAAGCAUUUGGCAAUGGAAAUGGAAUAAUAAUUAUUGCUGAGACAUCCACAGGCUGUUUGUUUGCUGGAUCAUCACUUGGGAAACGAGGUGUAAAUGCAGACAAGGUUGGGAUUGAUGCUGCUGAAAUGCUGUUAGCUAAUCUUAGACAUGGUGGAACUGUGGAUGAGUUUCUGCAAGACCAGCUGAUUAUUUUCAUGGCAUUAGCCAAUGGAGUUUCCAGAAUAAAAACAGGACCAGUUACACUCCAUACACAAACUGCUAUACAUUUUGCUGAACAGCUAGCAAAGGCUAAAUUUACUGUGAAGAAAUCAGAAGAUGAAGAAGAUUCCUCUAAAGACACUUAUAUUAUUGAAUGCCAAGGAAUUGGGAUGAGAAAUCCAAAUCUAUAGGAUAUUUACCUCUUAAAUGAUACCUCAGUGAUGUAUUGCAGCACUAACUUAUUUUAUGUAUACUACAAAACAGUGAAUGUUAUUAAAAGGCCUGACUAAAUUUGGAUAUGAAAUAUGUUCUAAAUUUACUGAGAAUGCUUCAUCAAAUUAAUCUUACUUUAAAUAUCUCCUGAGAUAUGGGCAAUAAAAUGUAAAAAUUGAUGGAUAUGUGUGAUAGUCAAUUUCAACAUUAAAUUAUUAAAAUAUUCUUUAUACCUGAAGUAAAUGGUUUUCUGUAUAUAAUUAAGUCAGAAAUAUAGCUUUGAUCAGUAAUUUGUGUUCCCAGUAGUCUCCUAAUCCAGUUUCACUUUCUGAGAUUUCAAUUGCCUAGAGUUAGCCCUGGUCCAAAAAUAUUAUAUGGAAAAUUCCAGACAUAAAUAUUUCACCAAUUUUAAAUGGCACUUCCUUCUGAGUAGAAUGAUGAAAUCUCAUACCUUUUGCUGUCCUGAUUGGGAUGUGAAUUAUUUGUCUCUGUAUUUAUAUUAUAUACACCACCUGCCUCUUAAUUGCUUAGUAACUGUCUUGGUUAUCAGAUCAGCUAUUAUAAUAUUGGAAUGCUUUUGUUCAUGUAAACCUUAUUUUACAGGAUAAUGGACCCAAGGUACAAGAGUAGGGAUUCUGCCCAUUUAGAUAUGCCAAAGAAAAGCUGUAAAGUUCUCCCUUUAUAUAUCAUCUCACACCAUUGUAAGAGUAUAUACACUACAGUAAGAGAGAAACCACAAUCACAUAACUUUUAUUUGAAAAUACAAUCAAGCAUUGCUUAAUAACAGGGAAACAUUCUGGGAAAUGUAUUGGUAGGCAAUUUCAUUGUGCAAAUGUCAUAGAUUGUACUUAUACAAACACACAUAGUAUAGGUUAAUCAUUUGAUGCAGCCUCUUGAUGCAAUAAAGACACAUGGUAAAUACAAAUGUAUGAAGCUGAUAUUAACACAGUAUACUGUUUUUACAAUAAACUUUAUUUUAUAACUAGAAGGAGAAUAAUGUAAAAUAUGGUAUAAGUAUUAUCAUUUUUUUCCCUUCUUAAUACAGUGCCAAGGAGUUACACCAGGGCCUUACACAUGCUAAGCAAGUGCUGUACCACAGAAUUACAAUCCACAGCUCUAUUAUCAAGGAUUACAUGCAGUACAUAAUUGUGCUAUACUUUUUUAUGUCUGACAGCACAGUAGGUUACCACCAGCAUCACCACAAAUAUAUGAAUAAUGCAUUGCACUAUAAUGUUAUGGAUAUGGUGAAAAGAACUUUAUAAUGGUUCAGAUCUGUAAUGAUCUUAAGGGACCACUGUAAUAUAUGCUGUCCCUAAUUGGUCAAAAUGUAAUUGAGCAGUGCAUCAUCUAUUGUUUUAAUUGCUCUGAUUUAUUAUUAGUUAUUGUUGCUGAUCUCUUACUGUGCCUAAUUUAUAAAUUAAGCUUUAUCAUAGGUAUGUUUGUAUAGAAGGAAAAAAAAACAUGUAAAUAUAGGAUUUUGUACUAUCUGCAGUUUCAGGCAUUUACUGGGAGGAGUCUUUGAACUUGUCCCUCAUGGUUAUGGGGGGACUGUUGUGUUGUUUUAAUCUCUUUGCUGAAAUCAUAUGUAAAGUAUAAUGAGACAACUUUAUAUAUAAGUGAACUGCUGUAUUAAUAAUAAUAUUUAUUUAAGAGGCAUUGUCUCAUCCCAAUUAUAUAUCCUUCUAUCUAGUGGUCACUUGGUAAAUGUUAAAUUUCAAUCUAAUGAAUAUGUUUUGAAAGCCAACAAUUAGAGUUGCAAAUUUUAACCCUAGUGGUUUGGCCAAUUUCAACCCAAGAUGUUUUUUGUUUGGCUCAUAUUAAAAAAUAAUUGAGUAGCUUUAGAA